UGUAAGCACCAAUACUAUAAGACGUCGCACGCGGGAAUAAAGACGGCACGGGACGCCGCUGUGACCUAAACCCACAAGCCUGCGUCAGAGGCCGGAUUGACUCGAGGCUUACGUGGAGCAGUUGGGUGGUGGCAUGGCCUUGUCGUUUUGCGGCAACGACCCGAAUAUCAAUGCCUACAGCGUGGAGCAGGGCGUGCUGAACAAUGGCUGCUUCGUGGACGCUCUCAACCUGGUUCCUCAUGUCUUCCUGCUCUUCAUCACCUUCCCCAUCCUCUUCAUUGGUUGGGGCAGUCAGAGCUCCAAGGUGCAGAUCCAUCAUAACACAUGGCUUCAUUUCCCCGGACACAACCUGAGAUGGAUCCUCACCUUCUCACUGCUCUUCGUCCACGUCUGCGAGUUCGCAGAGGGCAUCGUCUCCAACAAGAUGAUGCAGACCAACCACCUCCAUCUCUUCAUGCCAGCAUUCAUGGGCUUCAUUGCUGCUACGACUUCAGUAGUUUACUACCACAACAUAGAGACAUCCAACUUCCCUAAACUGCUACUCGUUCUUUUCAUCUACUGGGUGUUGGCAUUCAUCACUAAGUCCAUCAAGUUGUGGAAGUUUGCAGAGUACAGCGUCGGACUGCAACACCUGAGGUUCUGCAUCACAGCCCUGUUAGUGAUCCUGUACGGACUGCUGAUGGCUGUGGAGAUCAACGUCAUAAGAGUCAGGAAAUAUGUAUUCUUUGCCAACCCUCAGAAGGUGAAGCCGCCAGAGGAUCUUCAGGAUCUGGGUGUUCGUUUCCUGCAGCCGUUUGUCAACCUGCUGUCCAAGGCAACAUACUGGUGGAUGAAUCCUCUCAUCAUCGGAGCCCAUAAGAGGCCCAUAGAGCUGAAGAAGAUUGGCAAGCUGCCAAUCGCUAUGAGAGCUCUCACCAACUACUUACGGCUCAAAGAUGCGUACGAGGACCAGAGAACAGCUGAGGACCCGGAUCGUUCCCCUUCUAUCUGGCGCUCAAUGUACCGAGCGUUCGGUCGUCCCAUCCUGCUCAGCAGCACUUUCCGCUAUCUGGCUGACCUGCUGGGCUUCGCCGGACCUCUCUGCAUCUCUGGCAUCGUAAAGUACCUGAAUACUGACAAUGAAGUCCCUGCGACAGACAAGUCAAAGGAGACAUAUUUCGGCGUGUACUUCAUGUCCUCCACCGAGCUGCUGCAGAACACUUCGGUCUUGGCUGUUCUGCUCUUCCUGGCUUUAGUCCUGCAGAGGACCUUCCUGCAGGCCUCCUACUACGUCACCAUAGAAACAGGCAUCAACCUGCGGGGAGCCCUGCUGGCGAUGAUUUACAACAAAAUCCUGCGUCUGUCCACCUCCAACAUGUCUAUGGGGGAGAUGACACUGGGACAGAUCAACAACCUGGUUGCCAUAGAGACCAACCAGCUCAUGUGGUUCCUCUUUCUCUGCCCCAACCUGUGGGCCAUGCCUGUACAGAUUGUGAUGGGAGUGAUUCUGCUCUACUAUUUAUUAGGCUCGAGCGCUUUAGUUGGAGCGUCUGUCAUAGUUCUUCUGGCUCCGGUCCAAUACCGCAUAGCAACGAAGCUGGCAGACACACAGAAAAGCACACUAGAACACUCCACCGAUCGUCUGAAAAAGACCACGGAGAUCUUGAAGGGGAUAAAGUUACUAAAGCUUUACGCCUGGGAGAAUAUCUUCUGUGACAGCGUGGAGGAGACCAGAGGCAAAGAGCUCACCAGCCUUAAGACGUUCGCUUUCUAUACAUCGAUGUCAAUUUUCAUGAACGCUGCUAUCCCCAUCGCGGCCGUACUUUCGACAUUUGUGACGCAUCACUUCAUCAAUAAAAGUGGUCCGAGUCCUUCGGAGGCUUUUGCUGCUCUGGCGUUGUUCCACAUCCUGGUCACACCUCUAUUCCUGCUCUCUACUGUCGUCAGAUUCGCCGUCAAGGCUUUAGUCAGUGUCCAGAAGCUUGGUGAGUUUCUCCAGAGUGACGAAAUUGGAGACGACAGCUGGAGAAACGGAGACAUGUCUGUUUCCCUGGAGGCCAGUAAAAAACACCUGGGGGCGACGAAAGCCAUCAACAGGAAGCAGCCCAUGCGCUACCAGAUGGACAACUACGAGCAGCCGACCAGGCGACAGAUGAGACCCACAGAGACGGAGGAUGUGGCUGUAAAGGUGAGCAAUGGAUUCUUCACCUGGGGAAGCAACCUGUCGACGCUGUCUGACAUCAACAUCCGCAUCCCCACAGGUCAGCUGACAAUGAUCGUGGGCCAGGUGGGUUGUGGGAAAUCUUCCCUGCUACUGGCCAUGCUGGGCGAGAUGCAGAGCAUCGAUGGAAGAGUCCACUGGAGCGACAAGAACAGAUACUCUGUGGCCUAUGCUGCCCAGAAGUCCUGGCUGCUUAACGCUACAGUGGAGGACAACAUCACUUUCGGCAGCCCUUUCAACAAACAGAGGUACAAGACAGUGAUCGACACCUGCUCUCUGCAGCUGGAUAUUGACCUGCUGCCUUUCGGAGACCAAACUGAGAUCGGAGAGAGAGGCAUCAACCUGAGUGGAGGUCAGAGACAGAGAAUCUGUGUGGCCAGAGCUCUCUACCAGAACACCAACAUUGUCUUCUUGGAUGAUCCGUUCUCAGCGCUGGACAUCCACCUCAGCGAUCACCUGAUGCAGGAAGGAAUCCUCAAGUUCCUGCAGGAUGAUAAACGCACAGUGGUCCUCGUCACCCAUAAACUGCAGUACCUUAUACACGCAGACUGGAUCAUAGCGAUGAAGGACGGCACUGUACUGAGGGAAGGAACUCUAAAGGACAUUCAAACUCAUGACGUUGAGCUGUACGAUCACUGGAAGACCCUGAUGAACAGACAGGACCAGGGGCUGGAGAAGGACAUACAGCAGGACAGUCAAACAACACUAGAGAGGAAGACACUGAGGAGAGCUUUCUACUCCAGAGAGGCCAAGAACCAGGUAGACGAUGAGGACGAAGAGGAAGAAGAGGAGGAAGAAGAGGAUGACAACAUGUCCACGACCACUAACAGGCGAUCGAAGAUCCCAUGGAGGGUUUGCUGGUGUUACAUGUCCUCUGGUGGGUUCUUCAUGGUUUUCCUGAUGGUUUCCUCUAAACUCCUCAAACACUCUGUUAUCGUUGCCAUUGACUGCUGGUUGGCUUCCUGGACCUCCUCCAAAAAUCAGAGUACUGGAGCAGGAACAGACAUGUCCAAUGGAACAGACAUGUCCAAUGGAACCAGUCUGGCCACGGUUAUCAGCAGCAACGCCACACUGCCCACCCCUGGUGCCUUGGAGAACAAGGACUACUAUCUGCCCGUGUUUAUCGUCCUCUGUGCAGCUGGAAUCACUUUAUGCCUCCUCACGUCUCUCACUGUGGAGUUUCUGGGUCUUUCUGCAGCCACCAACCUGCAUCACAACCUGCUCAACAAGAUCAUCCACGCUCCCAUCAGAUUCUUUGACAUCACUCCCCUGGGGCAGAUCCUCAACAGAUUCUCAGCUGAUACCAACAUCAUUGACCAACACAUCCCUCCUACACUGGAGUCUUUGACGAGAUCCACGUUGCUUUGUUUGUCAGCGAUCGGGGUCAUAUCCUUCAUCACUCCAUCUUUUCUGAUCUCCUUGGUUCCUCUGGCGGUGGCCUUCUACUUCAUACAGAAGUACUUCCGGGUCGCCUCCAAGGAUCUUCAAGACCUCGAUGACUCAACACAACUUCCUCUGCUCUGCCACUUCUCUGAGACUGCUGAAGGUCUCACCACCAUCAGAGCAUUCAGACACGAGGCUCGUUUCAAACAGCGCAUGCUGGAGUUGACAGACACCAAUAACACAGCCUACUUGUUUCUGUCUGCCGCCAACCGUUGGCUGGAGGUCCGAACGGACUACCUUGGAGCAGUGAUAGUGCUGACAGCAGCAGUAACCUUAAUAUGGACCACCAAAUCUCCGUCCACUGGAGGUCUGGUGGGCCUCGGACUCACCUACGCCCUCACUGUCACCAACUACCUGAACUGGGUUGUGAGGAACUUGGCAGACCUGGAGGUUCAGAUGGCAGCUGUGAAGAAGGUCAACAGCUUCCUCGGCACAGAGUCAGAGAACUACGAGGGAUCUAUGGAUGCCUCUCAGGUGCCUGAGAACUGGCCCCAAGACGGUGAGAUAAAGAUCCAAGACCUGUGUGUGCGCUACGACCCCAUGCUCAAACCGGUGCUCAAGCACGUCAACGCAUACAUCAAACCAGGCCAGAAGGUGGGAAUCUGUGGUCGCACAGGCAGCGGGAAGUCUUCGCUGUCUUUGGCCUUCUUCAACAUGGUGGAUAUUUUUGAAGGAAAGAUUGUCAUCGACGGGAUCGACAUCUGUAAGCUUCCUCUGCAGACUCUCAGGUCGAGACUCUCCAUCAUCCUCCAGGAUCCCGUGUUAUUUAGCGGAUCAAUAAGGUUUAAUCUCGAUCCAGAGAGGACGUGCACUGAUGAUCGACUCUGGGAGGCGCUAGAGAUCGCUCAGCUGAAGAACAUGGUGAAGGCGCUGCCUGGAGGAAUAGAUGCGGUUGUGACGGAAGGCGGGGAGAACUUCAGCGUCGGUCAGCGGCAGCUCUUCUGUUUGGCGAGAGCUUUUGUCCGAAAGAGCAGCAUCCUCAUCAUGGAUGAAGCCACAGCAUCUAUAGAUAUGGCCACGGAGAACAUCUUACAAAAAGUUGUGAUGACAGCUUUUGCAGACAGAACGGUCGUUACAAUCGCACACCUUGUGUCCUCUAUCCUGGACGCCGAGCAGGUGUUGGUCUUCUCCUCAGGCAUCUUGGUGGAAAAUGACUCAGGUCCCAACCUGCUAGCACAGGAGGAGAGCCUCUUCAGUGUGCUACACCGUGUCCACACCAUCCUCACAGCUGAUCUGGUCAUUGUGAUGAAGCGAGGGAACAUUUUGGAAUACGACAAACCCGAGACUCUUUUGGAGCAGGAGGACGGGAUGUUUGCUUCAUUUGUCAAGGCUGACAUGUAGACACACCGUCUGUCGUCACCCGGCAACUGACGGACUGAUCAGUUUGUUUUCUCGGUGAGGCGGACAGACCGAUGUGACACUAAAACGCUCCUGUGACGCCAAUAACAAGAAGCUUCUCUGUGGAAAGGAAAACAUAUCCAGAAACACCAUUAUCAUCACCGGUUAUUUCAGGAAUUUAUGAAUUUAACAAGUCGUACCUGAAUAUUUUAGCCCAUCAGACAAUUUAAUACUGCCUUUUUUUAUUUUUUAUAAAUGAAGACACACCAUUUAUUAUUCAGAUGAUAGGCAGAUUAUCCAGUCCAUCGAUCAGUUUUAACAAUGGAGACAUUUAAAAUUCUUAUUCCUUGGAUUAGUGACCUUUAAGUAACCAGUAUAAAGAGUACAAAGUUACAAUGUAAAUAUGAAAUAUGAAAAUAUAUGUUUUUGUUUCCCUAGACAGCUAAUAUGUGAUGCUAAAGGCUAGCUCUGGAUUUAUCAGUAAUUAUGGCAGGGAGAUAGUAGCCAAAUAUAUCUUUCCUGUUACCACAGGCUCGGGAUAAUUAAUGGAUAUGGUUGGUUUUACUCUAUAUUUUUCUUAUUGUCAACAAAUCCCACGAAAAUACCAAAACCUACAGUGUCUUAGUCCGUCUCUCAAUACUUUCUGACUUACUUACGUUGUCUGUAGCACUCAGAUCCAAGCCCAUUGGUUCCCACUGGAGGUGUAAAUAAAAAACAGAUCACAAAUAUAAAGUUUCAUAUUUUAAAAUUGGUCUGGGAUUUCCUGAAAUAGCUGGUCACUGUAGUUUGUAUCAAACGUUACUCAAACGGGAGGAAAUGGUGAAUUUGUCAGGGACUAUUUUCAGCGGUGGAUGAAUCCACAUUUGGUGCCGUAGUGAGUAUUUCUGGCAGCAGGAUGGUGUGUGUGGGACUGAGUCAGAAUAAACAACAGUGCGUGUGUGGUUUUUAAUCUGCAGCACAGAGGAGGAAUAUAUAUCAGGCUCUGAACACACACAGACACACACAAUAUUUAAUUGUUUUUUGUCUUUUCAUGGGAUUUGUUGAAAAUAAGAAGAACAUAAAAUAUCAACACUCUUGUUUUUAAGGUUCCAUCCCUUGUUAUUCUUGUCAUCUUCUUACCCACCAUGUCGUUCUCUACCAAUAAACACCAUAUCAGUUAAAAAUCAA